AUCCAUGGCCGACUUCAAACCUAUUUAACAGAAGUAGUGGCUGGGAUAUUGGAGAUCAAUGCUGAAUCGUUUGGGCGGAAACCACCCAUUCGCAACAUCGACUACUCCCAAAAUGAAACAGUUUGCACAAAGUGCGGGCUCUGCUCAGGCAAAUCAGUCUUACAACAAGUUUGCGAUGACAGGAGAAUUUGCACCAGUUUAUAUGGUUCUGGGAAUGUUGGUGGUGGCACUGACAAUAGGGACACACACAGCAAAACAGCAAUUGGCACAUUGCCCUAACGUUAGCGUAAGCAAGAAGAAAAGGAGAUCCAUAUCAGAGGUUGAGGAGCCAGAUCAUGCUGUCAGUUCGGCUGAUAGGUUUGUGAAUAAAUCCUUCCUAAGGAAGGUAGCUCACAUCCAGGACAACAAACAGAAUCUCCCCAGUCCUACUCGCCCCAACCCUUUUACCAGCCCUCGAAAUGUAGAGACACUGAAGACUGCUGGAGCGAAUCCAAGCCGCUCCUGAAGAAAAAUGAUCUUAACUUGUGUCAACUCUGAAACUUGUGGUUUCUUGAGUAGUAGUAGCAAUCCAGGAUGGUGUCAAAUUGUACAUAGAACAGCAUCGAUUAGUUCUCUUUCUGCUGUGAUUAUAGAUUUUAUUAUGGUAUUAGUUACUAAAUGAGAGCCUU